AUGAAAGGAACCGCAGCGGGUGGUCUGCUGGUUACCAACGGUCGACGUUCCAUAACUGUUCUGAAAUCAUGGUCACCCGUUCCGGUGCACCUGGCGACUAUAUGUCUAUGGGGUCGCGGAAUUGCUAAAAACAUCGUGGAACGAGAACGCCGCGCGGCCGACGAACCCAGACCAAAAUUAAACUGCGUGCCUACAAACCUACUCAAACAUGUGAUGGGUAUAGCGCGGCGCGAAGCACAGUAA